AUGUCGACACCUUCGACCGGCGCCGCCCCCGAGGUUCCGCUGAAGCAGCGCGUGUGGGCCGGCCGCAUCCCCGUCGUGUUCUCUCUGGACCCGAAUGAAGUGACCACGCUGCACGCCCCCCGAUCGUUCUACGCCAUGGUCCCCCGCAUGAGCUACCUCGUCUCCCAGACGCGCGACGUCGUCGAGUACUUCCGCGACGCGGCGCCGCCCAUGUCGGCCAUGCAGGGCGCCUCCAUCUGGUUCGAGGCCAAGGGGGUGCCGCUGCAUUGGCAUCUGCCCUUCGGCUUGCUGCGCGACCUCCUGUGCGGACCUGGAGCCGACGGAGCCCUCAACCUGCCGUGGGCACUGACCGUGCACUUCUGGGGCUUCCCGAGCGACGUGCUGCUGCCCUGCGACAACGAGCAGAGCGUCGAGUCGCACUUCAUGCACAGCCUCAAGCAGGCCACGUUCCUGCGCAUGGGCUCCACUAAGGCCGUCAUGGCGCUGCCCGAGGCGCAGCAGACGCAGAUCUGGACCAGCAUAUCGCAGAAUGACUACGAGAGCUACCGGGAAGCCACGCUGGAGCUGCAUUUAGAUGGAGGUGUGGACGCCUCCGCGCUGAGGCAUCUGCCGCUGCGGGUGCACCUUGAUAACACGCCCGCGAUUCAGAUGCCCAUCGCACCACUGCAAGAUGGUCGCGAGAAGACGCUGCUGGAAGUGCUGAACUACCUUCUGCCGGACCUCUUCCCGUCCAGCACCUCCGAAGUAGAAGCGAACAAGUUUCAGCUCGUGGUGCACGGCAUCCCCGUUCCGGCGCACGUAUCCAUCGUCGAGCUGUACCGCAACUUCUCGUACGCCGACGGGUUUCUCUACGUCGCCAAAAGAACUCCUAUGGAGGGGUCGACUCCGCAUGACGACGUCGCGGCCCACCUGGCGGCGGACGUGGAGCCGCUGCUGACCGAGACGCGCGCGCAUCUGCUGCACAAGCAGCCCGACCGCGCGCGCGCCAGUUUCCUGCGGCUGCCGGAGCUGGAGGCGCGGCGCAGGGCGUACCUGGAGGCGACGCUGCGGGACUUCUACGCCGCCGGGCUCUUCGAUGUGCCCGUGCUGCUCACGUUCCUGGAGGGGCUGCCCAGCUGGCACUGGACGCUGGACGGCUGUGCCGUGCUGCACAGCGUCAGCUCCGCGUUGCGCGCGCCCAGCAGCGACGCUGGAGGCGGCGGCAAUGCGCUGCGAGCGCUCGAGGCCAGGCAGCGCAAGUUCCCACAGCUGCCGCUGGCCUUUUUCCUGCUGAAACUCAUGAGCCACUUGGAGGACAGCGCGCGCGUGCGAGCCGAGAGCUACUGGUACGCGUGGGUGAGCCCCACGCUGCGCGCAGUGGCCAGCGGACAGGCGCUGGAGCUCAAGAUCCUCUCCAGAACGGGUCGCAGCGAGUACCGGCAGGGAGACGCCAGCAAAGAGGAGCUGCUGUAUGCGCCGGGUAAUGCUGGUACUUUUGAUAAUGACAGACGCAAUGCUUUGUGCUGGGUGGGGGAGCGAGCGGAGGGGGGCGAGAACAGCGAAGUAGCAGCGUGGCCCGACGACAAAGAUCGCACCAAGGCCCAGUGGAGGAUGAUCCCUGUGGAUGUGCAUACAGACACGUUCAUGCUGCAGAGUGUGCGGUUCGAGGAGUAUUUGUACUCGGCGGACUAUGCAAAGUUUAAGAAGGAUUCGAGGGGGAAGACGCGCAGUCGAGUCUUCACGUGGCGGAAGACGGGUGAAUCGCCCGGACCCGCUGGGAAGUGGCAGCUUGUGGCGCUGAGUGGAGAGGAGAGGGACGUGUUCGCACUGUACAAUCCGUACCAGCGCGAGUUUUUGUAUGCCCCCACGGCGGACCUGAUGGAUAGUAAACGGCGUCAUGUACUGACGAGAGCAGCGCCCGAUGGAACGCGAGAGGCGUCGAAUACUGAAGGUGGAGCGAUGUGGUGCGCGUGGCGUAUAGCCCCAGCGCAGCAGUCGUCGAUGGAGAAAGGUGUUGAAGCGUUUUUUGCCAAGAAAUAUCCCGUGGCAGUGGAGCAGUUGACACUAGCGCUGAAGGAUCUGCCGGACAACACUGAGCACGUCAAGUGUUUUGCGUAUCGCAUGACGGCAAAUUUGCGUUUGCGUAGAUUUGACUUGGUUGCUCCCGAUUUUCAAGCUAUUCAAGCGCUGGGUGGCGAUAAAGCUGCAAUCUUUCACGGCCUUGCGCACUUGUGGGAGGAGAAUGCAAGUUAUCUUGCAGCGAUGGCGCACUCGUCUCCAGAUCUUCAGAUCCAGGCUAUCGAGAUCUCAACGUCGCCGGAUAAUCCGUUUUUCAUGCGUCACCAGCUCGCUAAAGGUGAUGAUUACCUCGUACGCCGAGACUUCCAAGCUGCCAUUGUGUGCUAUCAAGAAGCUGCGACGUGUAAUCCUACCAUUGCCUCAACAUCAUCCGAAGGAAGUAGCCUGGAAGAUCCCGAGACCACACGCCAACGCGUUCGAGCGUACGUAUCAUGUGCAAAAUGUUUUUACGCUCUGGAAGAGUCCGAGAAUGCUUGGCAGUACCUGAGUAUAGCGCACGAUAUCACCGGCGUGUCUGUCGAGGGUGAGGCGGCGAUUCUACUCUGGAAAGGCAAGUGCAAGCGCGUUCAGAAAGCGUACGACGAGUCGCUGCUACUGUUAGAGAAGGCGUUCGACCGCGCCAGUGCAGCUUCAGCUGCAUCGGCGUGCUUGCCAUCGUCGGCAGCAGGUGCACCCAUGUCCGCAGCAGUAUUGAAGCGCUCUAUAUUGAUGGAGAUGAAGGUUGUGGGGCUAUUGCGUCAGGGGGUCUACGACGCAUUGCUGUCUACAGACGAGAACGCGGCUGCUGAUCAUGCUGCUGAGUCGAAUGGUGUUAACGGGGCCAGUGGAGACGGCGGGGUGGUGUCUAGUGGUGACGCUGAGAAGUCGCUGACACAGAUGAUGGAGCUCUUCCACUGUCCGCUGAGCUUGGAGCUGAUGGACGACCCGGUCACGACCCCCGACGGCAACACGUACGACCGCUCCAUGAUCGAGCAGCACCUGGAGGUCAACGGCUGCUUCGACCCCUUGACACGGGCACCGCUGACCAAGUCGCAGCUCCACCCGAACCGCGCGCUGAAGCAGCUCAUGGAGACGCUGCUCAGCGACCACCGUCUCGGACUGCUGCUGGCAUCCUGCUCGACCUAG